CCAUAGUCCGGGUAUUCUUCACAUCGAUACUUGUAAGGCUUUAUCGUUUGAUUAGUAUUCAGUCGUUUUCUCUAAGACGCGCGUUUAGAGAACGAUUCUUUUGUCAUUGAUUUUUAUUUUGCUUAUUUUGCGUUAGAAUGUCGCGAUACAAAAAAGUGUUGAGUUACGGACAGUUGAUUGCUGCAAAUAAUUACAAAUUGUUUAGAUUGCCAAUUCAAUUGGUCGCAACACGACGAUCAAUUGUGUUCUCGUGUGUACGAACAAUCUCAAGCUUUGGUACCAGAUCUCCCGUGGUUCAGAACAAUGGACAGUUGUACGCUACACAAGCUAUCGAUAGGAAGCACACUACAUUUACAGAUCGGAGUCAACUGAAAUACGCUCGACGUCUUGUAGUCAAAUUAGGAAGUGCAGUAAUAACAAGAGAAGAUGAACAUGGUCUUGCAUUAGGCAGACUUGCAUCGAUCGUUGAGCAGGUGGCAGAAUGUCAAUUGGAAGGGCGAGAAUGUAUCAUGGUAACAAGUGGAGCAGUUGCCUUUGGAAAACAGAAACUGGCUCAAGAACUACUGAUGUCACUUUCCAUGAGAGAAACCUUAUCUCCAAAGGACCACACACAAGAUACAGGAACAUUACUGGAACCAAGAGCAGCUGCAGCUGUGGGCCAGUCGGGACUUAUGUCACUCUACGACGCUAUGUUUGCACAGUAUGGAGUCAAAAUAGCCCAAGUUCUUGUGACAAAACCGGACUUUUAUAAUGAACAAACUCGAAAAAAUCUGAUGAGCACUUUAGCCGAACUGAUUAGUCUUAACAUUGUUCCGAUCAUCAAUACAAACGAUGCUGUUGAACCACCUCCACAGGUCGAUGAGCCUAUAGGUGGUAAAAGUGGCAAAAGAGGGAUAAGUCUCAAAGAUAACGAUAGUUUAGCGGCUAUGGUCGCUGCCGAAGUGCAAGCCGACCUGUUGAUAUUGAUGUCUGACGUGGAUGGAAUUUAUAACAAGCCACCGUGGGAAGACGGCGCAAAAAUGAUACACACAUUCACGUCCGAUGUACGAAACACCAUUCAAUUUGGUCAAAAGUCGAAGGUGGGAACGGGCGGAAUGGAUUCUAAGGUUAAUGCUGCCACAUGGGCACUCGACAGGGGAGUUACUGUGGUUAUAUGCAACGGAACUCUAGAGAAAGCUAUUAAAACUAUUAUGUCAGGGCGGAAAGUUGGAACGCUGUUCACCGAUACAACUUUUAGUGGCUCGGUUUCCGUUGAAACCAUGGCUGAAAAUGCACGCUCGGGAAGUAGAAGGUUACAAAGUUUGACACCGGAAGAGCGAGCUUUUUGUAUCCACACAUUGGCGGACCUUCUUAUUUCAAAACAAGCCGACGUCCUGGACGCGAACGCGAAAGACUUAUCGGAGGCAACGAAGUCGGGUUUGUCGAAACCUUUACUCUCCCGUCUCUCCCUUACGCCGGCCAAAUUGAAGACCCUCUCCGUCGGCUUGAAUCAGAUUGCCGACUCGAGCCAUCGGAAUGUGGGCAGGGUAUUGAUAAGAACUAAGCUAGCAGACGGAUUGGAAUUAAAGAAGAUCACCGUGCCCAUAGGAGUGCUGCUUGUUAUUUUCGAAUCGAGACCGGACUCCUUACCUCAAGUUGCGGCUCUCGCUCUCGCUUCAGCUAAUGGGCUGCUCUUGAAGGGAGGCAAGGAAGCCGUUAAUAGUAAUAAGGCCUUAAUGGAUCUGGUGAAGGAAGCAUUAAGAAAAGUGGAUGCAGAAAAUGCAAUCUCGUUGGUAUCAACUCGCGAAGAAAUAAGCGAUCUGCUAUCAAUGGAACAGCAUAUAGACCUUAUUAUACCUCGAGGAUCUAACGAAUUAGUUCGCAAUAUACAACAGCAAUGUCAACACAUCCCCGUUUUAGGGCAUGCCGAAGGGGUUUGUCACGUGUAUGUCGACAGGGACGCAGACCUUAACAAAGCCUUAAAAAUCGUAAGGGAUUCCAAAUGUGAUUAUCCUGCAGCAUGUAAUGCCAUGGAGACGCUUCUUGUUCACGAAAGUCAUCUGCAAACCAAUUUCUUCAACGAACUUUGCAAUAUGUUGAAGAAGGAAAACGUAAAAAUUUAUGCAGGACCAAACCUAUCCCAACACCUAACUUUCGGGCCACCUCAGGCUAAGUCUUUGAAACAUGAGUACGGAUCAUUGGAAUGUUGUGUAGAAGUAGUGAAGUCACUGGAAGAUGCUAUAAAUCACAUCUACUCCUAUGGAAGUUCGCACACAGAAUCCAUUGUGACUGAAAACCAGGAACGUGCAGAUGAGUUUCUUCGAAACGUCGAUAGUGCAUGUGUCUUCCAUAACGCCAGCACAAGGUUUGCGGACGGUUUCCGGUUUGGACUCGGAGCGGAAGUGGGCAUAAGUACUGCACGAAUACAUGCCAGAGGCCCCGUUGGCGUAGAAGGACUCCUUACCACUAAAUGGGUACUUAAUGGAGACGGACAUGCUGCAGCGGAUUUUAACGACGGAGGACCGUGCAAGUGGCUCCAUGAGCAACUACCACUCUAAAGAAUCCUUUGUUUGGUUGUUCAGAUAUUAAAAUACUUAUUCGAAAAUAUUAUUAAGAUCGUUAUCUUUAACUAUUGGUAUAAAACUAGAUUUUUAACAGAUGUAUAAUUGUACAUAUAGGUACUGACAGUUAUUUAAGUAAAAUUUAAUAUUGAUAAGGGAAAUGUUCGUAUAUAUUUUUGUGUAUUUUAAAUAA